AUGAUGGGGGCGAAAAUUCUAGAAACAAGCCGGCUGUACCCGUCCUCCCGCCAACAAUCGCCAAUCUCAACCGUGUUAUCCAUUCUUGAUGCCACGGUUGUUCGAUUCGCUCCUACGGGAGCCAUCUGGAUCUUCAACAAUGAUUCACCAACUGAGAUCGCCGGGAACCUUGAAAGCUCCUUUACCAAGGCACUCGAAGCUUUCCCCCAAUGGGCGGGCCAGCUUCAGUGGGCGCCAGUCCGCGACAACGGCUCCCACGGAGAGCGUUUCAAUCGACCGAUGAUUACCUAUGGGUUGGAUUCAGAUCCUGGCGUGGAAUGGAACGUUGCUCAACUGGACUCUUCGCCAGCAUCAGUGGCUCCAGAACCCGCCCAACGAGCCUCCGAUGAAUUGUGGAUAAAGGACUUCCCUCAAUCCGAUCUCAUGAUCUCGUCAACAAAGAUGGCUCUAUAUGACCUCGAUACAUUCCAAGGCCUGCCGAGCAUGAUUGUGCAGGUCACUCGUCUAGGUGACAGCGGCUUUGCUGUGGCCGUGAAGAUGGCCCAUCCACUGGCCGACGCCCAUACUCUUAUGCUUUUCAUGCGUCGAUGGGCGUCCAUCUGCCGCGAUGAGCUCACGAAGCAACACCUCACCAAAGAUCUGGCGUACCCUAUCUUUGAGCCCAACUUACUAGACUCUAGGGCAGCCGGCGACAUUGACGCUCCGGACGGUGAUGCAGAGCUGAUCUCAAAAGCUCGCUCUCUUCCUCUCCUUCGGCAUGACUGGUGGGACACUACUGCCGGAAAUCUAGCAGCGCUUACUCCGUCAACGAUAAACUCCAAACCGAAAGAUGCCGCGCUGCUACAAAAGGCCAUGAUGUCGCCUGCGUGCGCACCUCCAUGGGAGACUUGGGACUUUUCCAAGCCGGUUACGACUGCUAUCAUUCACUUUACGGGAGACGAGCUGGAGCGGCUCAAAAAGUCGGCCACUGGGGCCACGGCCAAGGUCUCGCGCCUCGAUGUUCUGCUAGCUCAUAUCUGGGCAGCUAUCGGCCGGGCUCGCUCACCAUUAUCACAAAAUGACGAUGAAGUCUUCUUGAACUUUACCAUUGGAGUCCGCGGGCGGGUUUCGCCGGCCCUCCCAGACACCUUUGUCGGUUCACCUUUGGUGCUGACGCAUAUCAGCACUCUUGCGCGCAGCGUCGGGGCUUCAGAUACCAAAAUUGAAUCAAUAGCCUCACAGAUACGGACAUGCCUUGAUCGGUUUACGCCUGAUGCUAUAGCAGCUAUACUUCAUGACGAAGCACAUGAAGUCGCGCCUCAGCGUCUUUGGAGAUCAUUUCUUGGCACAAAGCACACUCUUGUCACUUCGUGGGCCCGGCUUGGAGUUUAUGAUAUCGACUUUGUAGGAAGCGGACUGCGGCCACGCUAUGUACAUGCCAUCAUGUCCCCACUGGAUGGUCUGUUAUGUGUGAUGGAUAGUGGGAUGCUUGAUGGUGGCUUGGACGUUUCGCUGUCCCUGGAAUCGGAAGCUUUGCAGAGGUUUCUGAAAUAUGGCAGGUUGCGAAAAUUCUAG